GUCGCCGGCGCGGGGCGCAGGAGGGCGCGACAGCCUCAGCAGGCGCGGGCGGAGGUUUCACCUCUACCAGCUCCUCCGGGACCAACAUUGACAGCUGAAGGAAGGUUGUGAAUUUGUAUCCCAUCCUAUUCAUCCUUCUCCAGAUUCCAUGAUGAGCUCUCCAGUGCAGCCUGAUGGGGUGGCUGGACGAGAGCAGCUCUUGGCUCAGCAGAGAAUGCACAGUAUGAUCAGCUCAGUGGAUGUGAAGUCAGAGGUUCCUGUGGGCCUAGAGCCCAUCUCACCUUUAGACUUAAGGACGGACCUCAGGAUGAUGAUGCCUGUGGUGGAUCCUGUUGUCCGUGAGAAGCAACUGCAGCAAGAAUUACUUCUUAUCCAGCAACAGCAGCAAAUCCAGAAGCAGCUCCUGAUUGCAGAGUUUCAGAAACAGCAUGAGAACUUGACAAGGCAGCACCAGGCUCAGCUCCAGGAGCACAUCAAGUUGCAACAGGAACUUCUAGCCAUAAAACAGCAACAAGAACUCCUAGAAAAGGAGCAGAAACUGGAGCAGCAGAGGCAAGAACAGGAAGUAGAGAGGCACCGCAGAGAACAGCAGCUUCCUCCUCUCAGAGGCAAAGAUAGAGGACGAGAAAGGGCAGUGGCAAGUACAGAAGUAAAGCAGAAGCUUCAAGAAUUCCUGUUGAGUAAAUCAGCAACAAAAGACACUCCUACCAAUGGAAAAAAUCAUUCCGUGAGCCGCCAUCCCAAGCUCUGGUACACGGCUGCCCACCACACGUCACUGGAUCAAAGCUCUCCACCCCUGAGUGGGACAUCUCCGUCCUACAAAUACACAUUACCAGGAGCACAGGAUGCAAAGGAUGAUUUCCCCCUUCGAAAAACUGCCUCUGAGCCCAACUUGAAGGUGCGGUCCAGGUUAAAACAGAAAGUGGCAGAGAGGAGAAGCAGCCCCUUACUCAGGCGGAAGGAUGGAAAUGUUGUCACUUCAUUCAAGAAGCGAAUGUUUGAGGUGACAGAAUCCUCAGUCAGUAGCAGUUCUCCAGGGUCUGGCCCCAGCUCACCAAACAAUGGGCCAACUGGAAAUGUUACUGAAAAUGAGACUUCAGUUUUGCCACCUACUCCUCAUGCGGAGCAAAUGGUGUCACAGCAACGCAUUCUAAUUCAUGAAGAUUCCAUGAACCUGCUAAGUCUUUAUACCUCUCCCUCUUUGCCCAACAUUACCUUGGGACUUCCAGCAGUGCCAGCCCAGCUCAAUGCUUCAAAUUCACUUAAAGAGAAACAGAAGUGUGAGACCCAGACGCUCAGACAAGGCGUUCCUCUUCCUGGGCAGUAUGGGGGCAGCAUCCCAGCAUCUUCAAGCCAUCCCCACGUUGCUUUAGAGGGAAAGCCCAACAGCAGCCACCAAGCUCUCCUACAGCAUUUAUUAUUGAAAGAACAAAUGCGACAGCAAAAGCUUCUUGUGGCUGGUGGAGUUCCCUUACAUCCUCAGUCUCCAUUGGCAACAAAGGAGAGAAUCUCACCUGGCAUUAGAGGUACCCACAAACUACCCCGUCACAGACCCCUGAAUCGAACCCAGUCUGCACCUCUGCCUCAGAGCACGUUGGCUCAGCUGGUCAUUCAGCAGCAACACCAGCAAUUCUUGGAGAAGCAGAAGCAAUACCAGCAGCAGAUCCACAUGAACAAACUGCUUUCGAAAUCUAUUGAACAACUGAAGCAACCAGGCAGUCACCUCGAGGAAGCGGAGGAAGAGCCAGGGGACCAGGCGAUGCAGGAAGACAGAGCGCCCUCUAGUGGCAACAGCACUAGGAGCGACAGCAGUGCUUGUGUGGAUGACACACUGGGACAAGUUGGGGCUGUGAAGGUCAAGGAGGAACCAGUGGACAGUGAUGAAGAUGCUCAGAUCCAGGAAAUGGAAUCUGGGGAGCAGGCUGCUUUUAUGCAACAGCCCUUCCUGGAGCCCCAGCACACACGUGCGCUCUCAGUGCGCCAAGCUCAGCUGGCUGUGGUUGGCAUGGAUGGAUUAGAGAAACAUCGUCUUGUCUCCAGGACACAUUCCUCCCCUGCUGCCUCCAUUUUACCUCAUCCAGCAAUGGACUGCCCCCUCCAGCCUGGCUCUGCAACUGGAAUUGCCUAUGACCCUCUGAUGCUGAAACACCAGUGCAUUUGUGGCAAUUCCACCACCCACCCUGAGCAUGCUGGACGAAUACAGAGCAUCUGGUCACGGCUGCAAGAAACUGGACUGCUAAAUAAAUGUGAGCGAAUUCAAGGUCGAAAAGCCAGCCUGGAGGAAAUUCAGCUUGUUCAUUCUGAACAUCACUCACUGUUGUAUGGCACCAACCCCCUGGAUGGACAGAAGCUGGACCCCAGGACACUCCUAGGUGACACCUCUCAAAAGAUUUUUUCUUCAUUACCUUGUGGUGGACUUGGGGUGGACAGUGACACCAUUUGGAAUGAGCUGCACUCGUCCGGUGCUGCACGCAUGGCUGUUGGCUGUGUCAUCGAGCUGGCUUCCAAAGUGGCCUCAGGAGAGCUGAAGAAUGGGUUUGCUGUUGUAAGGCCCCCAGGCCAUCAUGCUGAAGAAUCCACAGCCAUGGGGUUCUGCUUUUUUAAUUCAGUUGCAAUUACCGCCAAAUACUUGAGAGACCAACUAAAUAUAAGCAAGAUAUUGAUUGUAGAUCUGGAUGUUCACCAUGGAAAUGGUACACAGCAGGCCUUUUAUGCUGACCCCAGCAUCCUGUAUAUUUCACUCCAUCGCUAUGAUGAAGGGAACUUUUUCCCUGGCAGUGGAGCCCCAAAUGAGGUUGGAACAGGCCUUGGAGAAGGAUACAAUAUAAAUAUUGCAUGGACAGGUGGCCUUGAUCCCCCAAUGGGAGAUAUAGAGUACCUUGAAGCAUUCAGGACUGUAGUGACGCCUGUGGCCAAAGAGUUUGAUCCAGACAUGGUCCUAGUUUCCGCUGGAUUUGAUGCAUUAGAAGGCCAUGCUCCUCCUCUGGGGGGGUACAAAGUGACAGCAAAAUGCUUUGGUCAUUUGACGAAGCAAUUGAUGACAUUGGCUGAUGGACACGUGGUAUUGGCCCUAGAAGGAGGACAUGAUCUGACAGCCAUCUGUGAUGCAUCAGAAGCCUGCGUAAAUGCUCUUUUAGGAAAUGAGCUGGAACCCCUUGCCGAAGAUAUUCUCCACCAAACACCGAAUAUGAAUGCUGUUAUUUCUUUACAGAAGAUCAUUGAAAUUCAAAGCAAGUACUGGAAGUCAGUAAGGAUGGUGGCUGUGCCAAGGGGCUGUGCUUUGGCUGGGACUCAGUUGCAGGAGGAGACCGAGACCGUUUCUGCCCUGGCCUCCCUGACAGUAGAUGUAGAACAGCCCUUUGCUUCAGAAGAUAGCAGAACUGCUGGUGAGCCUAUGGAAGAGGAGCCAGCCUUGUGAAGUGCCAAGCCCCCCCACCCCCAUAUUUCCUGUGUGUGACAUCAUUGUGUAUCCCCCCACCCAGCACCCUCAGACAUGUCUUGUCUGCUGCCUGGGUGGCACAGAUUCGAUGUAACAUAAACACUGGGCACAAAAUUCUGAACAGCAGCUUCACUUGUUCUUUGGAUGGACUUGAAAGGGCAUUAAAGAUUCCUUAAACGUAACUGCUGUGAUUCUAAAGUUACAGUAAACCACGAUUGGAAGAAACUGCUUCCAGCAUACUUUUAAUAUGCUGGGUGACCCACUCCUAGGCCCAGCGUAUGAACUAAUAACAUCCAGUACAGCAUUAGAUACUGUUAAUUAUUAUGGAUGCUAUGACAGCCAGUGAAAUUUUGGGCAAAACCUAAGAAAUACUCAUUCCUGACAUUCUGAUCAGUUUUUUAUUGGGUAAUUUUUGUCAGUCUUAAAUUGUUUACAGGAUUUGCUUUCAGCUAUGAACGGAUAGCAGUUCCCGACAUAUUGCAAGGGUUGUUUUGUUUUGUUUUGUUUGUUUUUUGGCCUUUGUUUUAACACAUGAUUCAACUCUUGCUAGUAAGAGUUCAAGAUGGAAAAACUGGGAUGAGGCUUUUUUCAGUGGAAUAAACCAUGCUAAAUCUCAAAGUCCAAAUGCCAAAGGAACCUCACAUACUGUAUGUAAUGGUGCAAUAUUUUAUGUCACAUUUUUUGAGAAAAAUAACCCUAUUUCCCUGAUAUCCCUCUGUGUAUCCCUACACAUGGAGAUUUACAAUUGUAUUUGAGGAUGAGGUCUCCCCCCUCAUACAUCCUUUGCUCUGAUGAUAGUAGUUUCAAGCAUAUGUUCAACAUAAGACGGUCUUAAUUUUUUCCAAAUCCAUUAAGAACUUAGUUCUCACUUUUCAUCUUUCCUCCAUCACAUCCUUUCUUCUUACCUUUCAUCCUUCCUUCC